AUGCAAUCACAAUCCAGCAGUAGUAGCCACACUAUCAGUGUGAAUAACAAAGGUCCUCCUAAAGGACAUGAUGAUGAUACCUUGGACGACGACGAACAUAUACCAUUGCUUGCUCAGCAACAACAACGGCAACUGUCAGAGUGGAAUGUGAUCAUCCCCCUUUGCUCCAUUGUGUUUUGUAGCGCAGCGAUUCUUGCACCACAACUACAAUUCCUAACCGAGAUUUUUUGCGAUCGGUAUUAUGAUUCCCGUAGCGAAGCCAAUGACGACGAUAGCUCUAUUCCCAUGCAAGAUUGUACUAUACCCCAAGUUCAAGGCAUUGUCGCUACUGCACAAGCUGUAAUCCAAUUGCUUACCGGUGGAUCAACAUUGCUUGCUGUGAGCUAUUUUGGCCACAUGUCAGAUAUCAAAGGCAGAGUUACGGUGAUGCGUAUUGGCGUGUUUGGUAUUGCGCUAUUGUUCUCAACAUACAUUGUUGUUGGCAAGCUGUACAAUGUGAUUGGCAUUCUUCCCUUGUUCGUUGUCUCAUCCAUUCGGGGUCUUUUGGUGGGCGACACGGGGCUGAUGAUGGCCGUUCAGACCUACAUUUCAGAUUGUACAACGACCGAAAGAAGGACAGUGGCAUUUGGGCGCAUGAUUGCUGGUAUCGUUUGUGCCACAAUGCUUGGCGCCAAUGCAUCAAGUAUGGUCAUUAAGGCAUUUGGAACAACGCUUGCUCCUUUUUACAUGUCGCUGAUGAUAUCCACGGUCGUAUUUUUCGCGACCUACAUAAUCCCUGAAUCCAACAAGCAUCAAGAACGUAGCAAAUCGACAGCACCAAGCGUAUGGCAACAACUCAACAUGUUUCGAUCUAUCAAGACGCUUUUUUCUUUCCAAUCGCCGUUGCCGGUAUCCAAGUAUGCAUUGCCAUUGAUGGCCUCUGUCAGCUUUCUGAACACGGUGGUUAUUAUGCCACCCAUUUUAUUAUAUGCUAUGCUUGAGUAUCAUUGGACUGCUUAUGAAGGUGGUCUCUUGAUUGGUAUCAUGUCAUUUGUUAAGCUUAUCAUAACAACGGUCGUCUUGCCAAUACUAAACAAGCUUGUUAUCACUCGUGGCAUCACAAGCGAGGCUCAACGUGCUGACCGCUUACUACGAUUCAACAUUUGGAUGGUACGCAUUGGAUGUGCGUUCAUGGCUUUGGAGCUCUUUGCUAUUGGCUUGGCACGUACAGCUUCUGAGAUGCUUGUUGCCGUGUUGAUUGGCUCAUUUUCCAUGUUGGGUCAACCAUCAGGCCGUGCUUUGUUGACCACACUUGUCGAUCCUGCAGAUGUAGGCAAGGUUUUGGGUGCCGUUGCCACCGUGGAUACAGUGGGCAUGUUACUUGCCCAAUUCGGAAUGAAUGCGAUUUAUGGUGCAACGGUGUCAUUCAUGCCUAGCUUUACAUUCCACCUUUGCGGUGUCAUUGCCACGCUAGCGUGUACUGCUGCAUGUUUUAUCCGCUACAAGCGAUAG